AUUUGUCGCACCGCUACCUAUCGAUAAGUAGCCUUAAUGUUUGAACAGCUGUUGAUAAAUAUCGCAGCCAAACUUUCCAUUACUAAGCGGCGGCUAUAUUUAUUUGCAUUCGGCGUGCUAAUCUUAAAAUGAGUAUAAAUUAUGAACAGAGUACAACAGAUGAACAAUUUGCGUCAACCAAAUUGUCAGACGAUGAGGACAGCGAAGAUACCAAUGGAAAAACUAGUGCAAUAGCAAUAGAGCACUCAGCAGCUAACCGAAGGCGAUUGGAGAAAGAUGAAGCAGAUGUUGGGACUGAUCCAGACGUCGAGGCCGAUGCCGAGGCUGACGCUGAUGCUGAUGGUGAGGCAAGUGGAGCAGCAAACACACAUGUUGUGGCACAUCAUUAUAACGAGUUAAAGGAAGCCGGACUCAAGGAGCGAAACAAGUCGAAAAUCUUUUUUAUGCGGAACUUCAACAAUUGGAUCAAGAGUCAGUUAAUUAAUGAAUAUAUGGCCUUAAUCAAGCAUCAAAAACGGGUUGGCGAUGCUCUACGCGUGCUGGACAUGUGCUGCGGCAAGGGCGGCGAUCUACUCAAAUGGGACAAGGCAUUCAUAUCCCAUCUAAUAUGCACAGACAUCGCGGAGGUAUCUGUGGAGCAAUGUCAACGUCGCUAUCAGGACAUUUUGCAGCGAGCAGAAAAAUCAAAAUUCGGACAUAAAUUCACAGCUGAAUUCUUUGCCUGCGACUCGACAAUGGUUCGGCUAAGGGAACGGUAUAAGGAUGCAUCGCUGCAACUGAAUUUGGUCUCGUGCCAGUUUGCCUUUCACUAUUGCUUCGAGUCGCUACAGCAGGCAGAUUGCAUGAUCCGUAAUGCAGCCGAGUGCCUGCAGCCAGGUGGUUAUUUUAUAGCCACCAUACCUGAUGCCUACGAGAUUAUUAGGAGAUUAAAAGCAGCUGGACCGAACGCUCGCAGCUUCGGCAACGAUGUCUAUAACAUUGAAUUUGAAUGCGAUACGGAGACGUUGCCGCUAUUCGGUGCCAAAUAUCAAUUUCAUCUGGAAGGCGUUGUUGAUUGCCCCGAGUUCUUAGUACAUUUCCCUACGCUCAUUAAACUAGGUCGCCGUCACGGAUUGCAGCUGGUUAGACGCAGCACCUUCGCCGACUAUUUCAAGGAGACACUGCCCCAGGGCCGACAGCUGCUACAGCGCAUGUCUGGCCUGGAAUCAAUACAAGCUCAUCGCUACAGCACCGGCGAACAAUUCGAACAUGUGCGUCGCCUACUAGGCACACAGCGAGGCAGACCCCUGGGUACGCUCUCCAAAAACGAAUGGGAAGCAACAACGCUUUAUCUGGUCUGUGCCUUCAAGAAGUGCAAAAAUAGCUGGGAUAGCAAUGGCAAACCCUUGUUCGAGUUUGACGACUAAAUUGUGUUCCAUAAGUCGCACGCAAAUUUAACUAUAUCUCUAAUCACGUCAAUGUUCUUAGAAGUUUUCUUGUGCAUUUUGAAAAUCUUAUUUACAACACAAACUCAGCAUGAUCAGAGCAUAUAUUUUAAGUUUAAAA